ACCUCGUUAUCCAUCUCUGCACCGUCCUGUCCAUGCGCUCAAAGCAACUGGGGGGUUUAGGCUUAAUUAGGAUCGAUUCCCUAGCUAAUUAUUUUCACCAGCAGACCCGAGCCGAGCUGCGCGCCAUGACUGCUACUAUUCAAUGUCAUUCCAAUGCUGCAUACAAUUAUCUUCUGCGGGUUUCCUCCCGUCUUCAUCCUCCACAGGCCUGCGAGUCACUGCCCACGCCAACUAAAAGAAGGGCGUUGUCGCUCUUAACAGUUACCGCUUUUAUCUCUGGGCUCGGACCCAAUAAAAGUUGGCCAAAACCCACCCUCAUAUCGGAUUUCGUCGAGCUUCCAAAUUCUGGCGGUGUUAGGGCUCUGGACCUUCGAAUUCCUGAUGACGGGGAUGGGGAUACUCCCAUGGAUGGCGACAAGAUUGCGAUUCAUUACUAUGGAAGACUGGCAGCAAAGCAAGGAUGGCGGUUUGACUCCACUUACGACCAUAAAGACGAGAAUGGGGAAGCGGUUCCGUUUGAGUUUAUUCUUGGUUCCGGAAAAGUGAUAGGUGGGAUCGAAUCGGCUGUGAGAUCAAUGAGAGUCGGUGGCAUUAGGCGGGUCAUCAUCCCCCCAUCCCAGGGGUAUCAAAAUACAUUUCAGGAGCCCGUCCCCCCUAACUUUUUUGAUAGACAGAGGCUCUACGCCACCAUAUUCAACCCGACGCGCCUGGCAAAUGGAGAGGGCAAAACUUUGGGGACUAUUAUCUUUGAUAUUGAGCUUGUUAGCCUCAAGCGCAACUAAGUUCUUUCUUCCCAGGCGUAACCAACAAAUGACUUUUAUCCAUUCGGACCUAUGCUCUGCCGGCGUCCCGCUAAACAUAUAUUGUUGGCACAUGAGGCUACUCACCGUAUAAAAAAAAGGAAAAUUUGUGCAUCAAACGGCCGCUAUACAUGACUGUGAAUGGUAGGACAAAAUAUUUAAAGUAAAUUUUAUACAAAUACUAUAUUUUUCAAUAAAUACUACUAGAAAAAUGUUGAAAUUAGCUGAAUAUUUUAUAAUCACAUUAUAUGAAAAUUAUA